UAAAGCAGAGGAGGAGGGAGGGAGGAAGACGAAUGUUAAAAACCCUAAGAUUUUAGAUUCGUCUCAGACUCAGACAUGCUUCAUCCAAAUAGUUCUUGUUCCUCUUCCUCCUUCCUCACUUCCCGAUCUAAAGUCUCUCCUCCUCUUCCACUUUCACUUCAUUGGAACUUGUCUCCUAAGCGGUUUCAACUUCACUGCUCCUCCUCUUCUACAAGAUGCUCUAAACCGAACAACCCUAGCUCUCGUAACCGCCGUUACGGCGGCGUAAUCCCUUCCAUCCUCCGCUCUCUCGACUCCUCCUCCUCCACCUCCGACAUCGAAACAACCCUCGCCUCCCUCUCCCCCAAAGAACAAACCGUCCUCCUCAAGGAACAAACCCGCUGGGACAAAACCCUCCGCCUCUUCAAACUCUUCCAAUCCCACAAAUCCUACACCCCAAACGUCAUCCACUACAACAUCCUCCUCCGCUCCCUAGGCAGAGCCUGUAGAUGGGACGAGCUCCGCCUCUGCUGGAUCGACAUGGCUCGCUCCCGCGUCCUCCCCACCAACACCACCUACUCCACCCUCGUCGACGUCUACGGCAAAGCCGGUCUCGUAAAGGAAGCUCUUUUAUGGGUCAAACACAUGGAACAGAGGACGAUGCUUUUCCCCGACGAGGUCACCAUGUCCACAGUCGUCAGAGUCUUGAAAAACUCCAACCACUUCGACGUCGCUGACACCUUCUUUAAAGCCUGGCGCGACGGUCGUAUCGUUCUUGAUUUCGAUUCUUUGAGUAAUCUUGAUUCCGAUUCCUCUCCUGUCAGCUUCAAGGAGUUCUUGUCUAUGGAGCUGUUCAAAGUCGGUGCCAGGAGGACGAGCACUACCAAAAUCGACUCUCCUUCUCCGAGGAAACCGAGGUUGACUUCUACUUUCAAUGCUUUGAUUGAUUUGUACGGGAAGGCGGGGAGGUUAGAGGAAGCGGCUGGUCUCUUCUCCGAGAUGCUGAAGUCCGGUGUCGCGGUUGAUACGGUGACGUUUAACACGAUGAUUCAUAUCUGCGGGAGUCACGGGCGUUUGUGUGAGGCUGAGUCUUUGUUAAAGAAGAUGGAGGAGAAAGGGGUGAAGGCUGAUACCAAGACUUAUAAUAUUCUUCUCUCUCUCCACGCUGAUGCUGGGGACAUUGAAGCAGCGCUUAGAUACUAUAGGAAGAUACUGUUUCCUGAUACCGUGACUCACCGCGCGGUUCUUCAUGUUUUGUGUCGAAGGAGAAUGGUUAAGGAAGUCGAGGAUGUGUUGGAGGAGAUGGAUAGGAAUGGUAUUCGUAUCGAUGAGCACUCUGUGCCCGUUGUUAUGCAGAUGUACGUUGAUGAAGGGAUGAUAGGACAGGCCAAAGCUCUGUUCGAGAGGGUUCAGUUAGACUGCGUGCUUUCGUCGACGACGCUUGCAGCUGUUAUAGAUGUUUACGCUGAGAAAGGGUUGUGGGUUGAGGCGGAGGCUGUGUUCUACGGGAAGAGAGACGUGAACGAUGUUUUGGAGUAUAAUGUGAUGAUUAAAGCUUAUGGUAUGGCGAAACUUCACGAGAAAGCGCUUUCUUUGUUUAAAGGGAUGAAGAAGCAAGGGACAUGGCCUGAUGAGUGCACUUACAACUCUAUUGUGCAGAUGCUUUCCGGGGUUGACUUGGUGGAUGAAGCUCAGAGGGUGUUGGCAGAGAUGAUGGAUUCGGAUUGUAAACCGAGUUGCAAGACGUUUUCUUCUUUGAUUGCUAGCUAUGUGCGGCUUGGACUCUUGUCUGACGCGGUUGAUGUCUACGAGGGGAUGAGGAAAGCCGGUGUGAAACCAAACGAGGUUGUUUACGGUUCGUUGGUUAACGGAUUCGCUGAGAGUGGUAUGGUGGAAGAAGCGAUUCACUACUUUAGAGCGAUGGAAGAGAAUGGUGUACAGUCUAAUAAUAUCGUUCUCACGUCUCUCAUCAAGGCUUAUAGCAAAGUAGGGUGUCUGGAAGAAGCGAGGAGGGUUUACGACAAGAUGAAGAAGGACUCAGAAACUGGUCCAGACGUGGCUGCUUCGAACAGCAUGCUGAGUUUGUGCGCAGACCUCGGGAUGGUGUCGGAAGCAGAAACCAUUUUCAACGAGGUGAGAGGAAAGGGGACAUGCGAUGUGAUCACGUUCGCUACGAUGAUGUAUUUGUACAAAGGGAUGGGGAUGCUUGAUGAGGCUAUUGAAGUGGCUGAAGAGAUGAGAGAGUCAGGUCUGCUAAACGACUGCGCUUCGUUCAACCAGGUCAUGGCUUGCUACGCAGCAGACGGGCAGCUGCGCGAGUGCUGCGAGCUGUUCCGCGAGAUGCUCGUGGAGAGGAAGCUCUCGCUGGACUGGGGAACGUUCAAGACGCUCUUCACUCUGCUGAAGAAAGGAGGCGUGCCGAGGGAAGCAGUGGCGCAGCUGCAAGACGCUUACGACCAAGGUAAACCGCUUGUUACAUCAGCGAUCGCCGCGACGCUGUUCUCGGCCAUGGGGAUGCACGCGUACGCGGUGGAGUCGUGCCGAGAGGUUACGAGAGAUGGUGGUAUCCCUCUGGAGCAUUACGCGUACAAUGCGGUUAUAUAUGGUUACGGUGCGGCGGGGGAUACGGACAUGGCGUUGAAGGCUUAUAUGAGGAUGCAGGAGAAGGGGUUGAAACCGGAUAUGGUGACGCAGGUGUACCUUGUCGGGGUGUAUGGGAAAGCGGGGAUGGUGGAGGGUGUGAAGAGGGUGCAUAGCUGGAUUACGUUUGGGGAGAUUGAAGCGAACCAGUCGUUGUUUAGAGCGGUGAGGGAGGCUUAUGUGAGUGCGAAUAGGCAGGAUUUGGCUGAUGUGGUGAAGAAAGAGAUGAGCAUUGCUUUUGAAGAGGGUAAAGAGGAGGAGGAGGAGUAUAGUUCGGGAUCUGGAGAAGAAGAAGAUGAAUCCGAAGAAGACGAGGCGUUUUGAAGUGUAGCCACCCCACACGAUAUGUGUAGUAAAAGAUUGUAGAAGAAGAUAGGAUGAAUGUGUAUAGUUUUCUUAGAACGCAAAAAGGGAAAUGUGCAUACUUUCAGUCUCGGAACUGGAAGAAAUGUGAAUCUUAAAACUGUUGUAGUAAAAGAACAAAUCUAUAGAAGCUAGCACUUUGUCAUCGAACUGGAAGAAAUGUGAAUCUUUUGUUUGUUUUAUCUCUUAGUGUAAUAAAGAUUGUGCUUCAGUU